UACAAGAAUUAGAAGGGAAAAAAAGCCUAGCAAAUAAAAUCAAUAUCUUUUUUCCGGCGAAAAUGGUCACCAUUGACGAGAUUCGACGGGCAAAACGGGCCAUGGGACCCGCCACCGUAUUGGCCAUCGGAACAGCCAAUCCUUCCAAUUGUUACGAUCAAAGUACCGAUUCCGAUUAUUUUUUUCGUGUCACUAAUAAUGAACAUAAAAUUAAACUUGUGAACAAACUUAAACGCAUGGAUCAGAAAUCAAAAAGAGAUUUUUAUUUAACAGAAGAAAUCUUGAAAAGAAAUCCUAAUAUUUGUGAAUACAAUGCUCCAUCCUUGAAUAUUAGGCAAGAAAUCAUGACUGUUGAAGUGCCAAAACUUGGGAAGGAGGCAGCCGAAAAGGCCAUCAACGAAUGGGGUCAGUCAAAGUCCAAAAUUACCCAUUUGGUGUUUUGUACCACUAGUGGUGUGGAUAUUCCUAGGGCCGACUACCAACUCACUAAGCUUCUUGGACUUGAAUCAUCAGUGAAACGAUUCAUGAUGUACCAACAAGGUUGUUUUGGUGGUGGCACUGCUCUUCAAUUAGAUAAGGAUAUAGCUGAGAAUAACAAAAGUGCUCGAGUUCUUGUUGUAUGUUCAGAAUUAGCUAAUUUGGUUUGCUUCCGUAGUCCAUAUGGAACUGAGCUUGAUGUUUUGUUGGGCAAGCCCUAUUCAAGAGAUGGGGCAUCAACUGUUAUUAUUGGUUCAGAUCCAAUCAUGAAUGUGGAAAAGCCUUUGUUUAAGCUUGUAUUCGCAACUCAAACUCUCCUCCUAAAUAGCAAAAAUACAAUUACUGGUGAACUAAGUGAGGCUGGGCUGAUAGUCCAUAUACAUAAGGAUAAUUCGUUACUCAUCUCAAAAAAUAUUGAGAAGAUCCUAGUGGAAGCAUUCCAAACUCUUAACAUUUCUGACUGGAACUCCAUCUUUUGGGUGUCUCAUCCAGGUGGACCUGCCAUUUUGGAUCAAAUUGAAUUAAAGUUGGGCCUAAAGCUUGAAAAACUCAAGGCUUCACGAAAUCUCUUGAGUGAUUAUGGGAACAUGGCUAGUGCUUGUGUUUUUUUUGUUUUGGAUGAGAUGAGGAAAACUUCUAUCAGGGAAGGAUUAGGUACUACAGGUGAAGGCCUUGAAUGGGGCGUGCUUUUUGGGUUUGGGUCUGCCCUAACUAUUGAGGCAAUUGUCCUCCGUAGUGUUUGUAUUUAA